GCCCUCUGUGUCACGAGGCAGUCUCGCUGCUGGUAAAAGUUGGAUUGCAAAGAGAGGCACGCGGGGGGAGGAGUGUUUUGCUGUCAGUUGUAUUUCUCGAGGCAGCGUCUCGUACCAGCGAGCAAGCGGGUGAGUGUCAGUGAGAGCGAGCUGCACUGAGGGCAAACUUCGGCCGCGCGGGGGACACGCACUAUCAGGGCUGGAGAGCCAACGUUGUCCUGUCUUUGUAGGUUUUAUUUUUAUUCUGGAGGAGAAGAAAUAAGAACAAAAAAAAUCUUCCCUAAACUGGAACUGAAUGCAGUUUUGUGUUAUGCGGAGGGUGGAAUCCGAACUACUAAACCGAUGACUACUGUAAACUGUAGCAACAAUGACGAGUUAGACUUCAGAGUGAUAUUUGAGGAAGAGUGUCAGCAGCAGCCUGCAGUAGGCCCGGCAGAACCAGAUGAAUGUGCAUUGUAUUAUCCCUUCAAUGUUGCUCAUCAGCAGUCCAUCAACAUUGCGCAGCAUGGCUUGCAUUCAAACUUAUCUGCACUGCCGCCCUCUCGGCUACAAGUUCAUAAGACUUUUGAAGAAAUGUGCGAUAUCUCUGGAUCCAGGUAUAGCCCGUUGGGUGGGGCUAAAGCCUUUGAAUGUCCAAGUAUUCAGAUCACGUCAAUCUCCCCCAACUGUCAUCAAGGAAUGGAAGUCACUGAGGAGGAACUGCAGGCCAAUGCUCAAUCAGAUGAUUGGGAACGACCUUCGCGAGACCAGCUUUAUCUUCCACUUGAUCCGUCAUACAGAGACUCGUCUUUAAGUCCCAGUCCCGCUAGCAGCAUUUCCUCCAGAAGCUGGAUUUCAGAUGCUUCUUCCUGUGAAUCUUUUUCACACAUAUAUGAUGAUGUCGAUUCUGAGCUGAAUGAAGCUGCUGCUCGUUUUAAUCUAGGGUCUCCUUUAACUUCUCCUGGUGGCUCACCAAGAGGCUGUCCUGGUGAAGAGUCUUGGCAGUCACCUUGUGGAUUUCUGCGGUCUGUGUCUUCCCGGCAGUCACCCUGCCACUCUCCUAGAACUAGCAUUACUGAUGAGAAUUGGCUUAGUCCUCGGUCAUCUUCAAGGCCUUCGUCUCGUCCUACAUCCCCAUGCAAACGACGACACUCCAGUGCAGAAAUUUGUUAUGCUGGAUCUGUAUCUCCUCAUCAUUCACCAACUCCUUCCCCAGGACACUCACCUAGAGGAAGUGUAACAGAAGACUCUUGGCUCAGUAACGCUGCUCUUGUUACAGGUCAGAAUCUUAGCCCUGGACAGCCAUUUCAUUGCUGUGCAACCGACACCAGCAUCCCAUUAAAAUCAAGAAAAACUUCUCAGGAUCAAACUGCUACGUUAUCAGGGAAAAUCGAUCUUUGUGCUGAAGAUCAAGGAAAUCUGUCUCCUUCUGUGGACCCUCAAGGAGAUGAUACCUCUCAACAUCCUUUAAAGAAAGAUUCACCUUUUCUUUCGGUUCCUUCUCCCUUUACAUGGAGCAAACCAAAACCUGGGCAUACUCCAAUAUUUCGCACAUCUUCACUGCCCCCACUAGACUGGCCUUUACCAAGCCAGUAUGGACAGUAUGACCUUAAAAUAGAAGUGCAGCCAAAGACCCAUCACAGGGCGCACUAUGAAACCGAAGGGAGCCGUGGAGCCGUGAAAGCCUCUUCUGGUGGGCACCCGGUGGUUAAGCUUCUUGGUUAUAAUGAGAAACCACUAAAUGUGCAGUUGUUUAUCGGCACAGCGGAUGAUCGAUACUUACGACCGCAUGCCUUUUACCAGGUGCACAGAAUCACUGGAAAGACUGUUGCUACUGCCAGCCAGGAAGUUAUCAUUUCAAAUACAAAGGUUCUGGAAAUUCCUCUUCUACCUGAAAACAGCAUGUCAGCCAGCAUUGACUGUGCAGGGAUCUUAAAACUCCGUAACUCUGAUAUAGAACUUCGCAAAGGAGAAACAGAUAUUGGCAGGAAGAAUACCAGGGUUCGACUUGUUUUCCGAGUGCACAUCCCCCAAGCUAACGGAAAAGUCUUGUCACUUCAGUCAGCUUCCAUACCUAUUGAAUGUUCCCAACGUUCUGCUCAGGAGCUUCCUCAGAUUGAGAAGUACAGCAUCAGUUCUUGUUCAGUUAAUGGCGGGGAGGACAUUAUCAUCAAUGGAGCCAACUUUCUUCCAGAGUCUAAGAUUAUAUUUGUUGAGAAAGGGCCAGAUGGAAGACCUCAGUGGGAAGUAGAAGCAAAAACAAAGGAAAAAAGUCAAGGGUCUAGUAUUGUCGUUGAAGUUCCACCUUACCAUACUAAAACAGGUACAGCGGCAGUCCAGGUGCAGUUCUAUGUUUGCAAUGGCAAAAGGAAGAGGAGUCAGUGUCAGCGUUUUACGUACAUGCCAGUUUUGAUGAAACAGGAGCACAGGGAUGAACAAAGUGUACCGAUGGCCCUGCCUCAUACUGCCACGGCACAAGGUAUACAUUCAGUAGGGACUCAAAUGCCUUCUCCAGGCACAGGGCAACAACACACCAGUUUGUUGUCAUCAUCACCAAGGAGCCUUGUGUGUCCGAUGCAGCAACCGUAUGCGCCCAUGGUAACCUCAGCAGUACAGCAUGUGCCCCAUAUGCAAGGUAGGAGCAUUAGUCCAGGUGCAGAAUGUCAAAUUUUAUCCCCUGCUGUGAUUCACCAGCCUUUCCAGGCAACACCAGCUCAUUCUAUGAGGCCUUCCUAUCAGUCUAUGCAAUCUACUCUUAUGUACGAUGGACAGCCUGCUCUUCCUAUGAACUCUGUUUCCACCCAGGAAUAUGAUCAGAUUCCAUUUCAUUCAGGUGCAGCUGUGCCCCUUUCACUUAGUCUUGGAUGCCACCAUCUGCCACAGAUGCCAUACCAUUCUGCAAGCCCAGGUACUUCAGCGACUGUGUCUCCAACAGCUUCACAUCAUUUAUCACACACGUCUCACACUGGGCAGACCUCUCCUCAUUUACAACCAAUGGGGUACCAUUGUACUAACCCGGGGCAGGCAGCUGCCUCUCCACCAACAGUAGAUCAGUCAAUGGCACAGUCUUCAACUCAGCUACAGUCCAUCUUGUAUCCUUCUUCAAAUCCAGGGCCUGGUUCAUCCUCUCCAUCAUCUACAGCACCCCAUCCGUUGCUUCAUUCUCCACAUUCUGGGCCGUCUUCUCCUCAGAUGCAACCAGUACCGUACCAGUCUCCAAUUUCAGGGCCUGCUUCCUCACCUUCUCCAACAGCAUCAGCCAGCACGGUGAUGGUUCAUUCAGGCCAGCACUCACCUCAAGCACAAAGUCCAGGACUUGGGGGUCUAACUUCACCAUCUUCUUUAGCGCACCAAAAUAUAUGCGACUCACCGGCAUUCUCAGCAGAUGAACCUGUUAUAAAUAUUAAAGAAGAACCUGAAGAUGGUGAGCUGAAUUUUCAGUCCAUUGGCCUUCAAGACAUCACACUAGAUGAUGUGAAUGAGAUCAUAGGAAGAGACAUGUCUGAAAGCCCUGUGUCCCUCGGAGCAGUGACCCUUCCUAGUCCAUCCCAUCAGAGGUGCACUGGAUCCCACGAGGCCAGCCUGCCUGAUUAAAUGCAAAACACUGGCUUCUAGCAACAUUAGACAUUUAUUGAUCGCAGUUCCCCACCUGAAGACUUCAUCCCCUCACCUCUCGAACGUUGUGCUUCCAACUUUGUGGCCUUUGUGAACUGGAACAGUGGAUUUUUGCAUAGACCUCAGAAUGGGUUGUAUUUUUUAAUCUGUUAGGCAUUUUUUUAAUUCUUGUUUCUCCAAUACUGUGGAAGAUCAUACGUUGAGUUUGUUUUUGACAGGAAUUGUUUUUAUUCAGUUUGGCAGAAUACAUUAUCUGAAAAGUGCUUUAAAAAUCAGAUCACCAAUUUGCAAAACUACUAUUUUAACUAACUGUUUCUUUUAAAAACAUGACAGGCACUUCCUUGUGUCCUCCUUGCCUCUAGAAUGGUACAUUUGUUGUAUGUAACCAUUUUUUGACAUUACUUCGAUACUUCGAUUUGAAGCUCUUCCUGUAAAUGAAAGGUUUUUGUAGCCAGAGUCAAACAUUCAGAGGUAAGAAUGCAUCUUUGCCUGACAAAUGCUGUGGAAACUGUCAUAUUAAAAAAUACAUUAUUCCUUAGAAAUCUAGGAAGCACCACCAGAUGUAGGUCUCUGCACUUUUGUCCAUACUUAAAAUAUUGUUUGGUAGAUCACAAACAAACCAUUCCAUUAUGGAAGUGUUUUGGAGUUUCUGAAACUCAACAUUCCAAAAUGUAAGGGGUUUUACCUUUUGUAGGUAAGUUUUCUGUACUGUGAAUAGCACAGCCGCCUUAUUUAUGCAGCUUUUACAAAAAUAAAUGUCUAGCGCUUUUAAUAGAAUGAAAUGGGAUUUCUAAACUAGGGUUAGAGCUUAUAUAAAACCUUUAGUCUUCUCCAUUUUUUGGUAUUAAAAAGUGGUUAGUAGCUACAUUCUACAGAGGAUUUUCAGAUGUUUGUGGAGUGCUGUGGUCAUUUUAAAUCCAAUCCUACCUGCCCUGGCAAAAAUGCCUGCUGUUUUCUCCUCUAUAAAACAGAAAACUGCAAAGAGCUUUGCAUACAGUAGAUGUGGGUUAUAUGAUGGUUUAUGUCUUGGAGAGAAUUCAGCAUUAAAUACCGGGCCUCUGUGAAUACAUAGUUAGGAGAUGGCCUGAAAUGGUGUCUGUAAGCACACUGUUGUGCUCCAAGAUUUAUAAAAAGAAAAGUGCAGUGUGUGAUUUAUGCAACAUGUAUAUUGUCAGUACAUUUGCAGAUCUCCUGGUGGUCUGUACAAAGAAAAUAAUCAUAUCAAAUAUCAGGAAAUAUAGACUGUGUUUUUCUUUCUAAAAGGUUGCUGUUUCAUAGUAUAUUUCUUUGCUGCUUGGUGAACGGGCUACAAAAGUGCUAUGAAAUGUCAGCAGAGUAUACAUAGAGAGAUUGUGAUUUUAAAUCUGGCAAGUUAAUGUUUCAUUAUCUGUAGCAAUUCACAUAUUGCCUCAAAAGUUUUGGGGUCCUUAAUUUACUAAUUUAUUAAGAUUUUGAUGUCUGCCCUUCCCCGUAUAGAUUUCAGCUUUUUGUGUAGGUUUUGCUGAAGAUAGAUUUCCCUUGUAAAAUAAAUGGAUUAGUCAUCCUCAUAAUGAAUCAUGUAAAAAUGAAAAACUGAAUAAAUGUAAUAGCUUAUGGUUAUGAACCCAGUAAAAAAGACUGUUGUGGUUGCAAAGUUGAUAACAGCAAAAAAUCCAUUAUUAUCAGUUAAACACAGCAUGGGCAAGUAGCCUGAAAGGUGCUGACAGGACUAUUUUAUAGACUAUUUUAACAUCACUUCCGGAUAGGCUUCCAAGAAUACUGUGUAUUUUUACUUGCACUUUGCCACAUCUUUUAUUUCUGUGGUACCCACCUAUUGGUUGGGGUUCAUUGCUUCAUUCUUUCCCCGAGCCAUCACCCAUUCAAAACCAGACUGCUCACACAUGAAAUCCUUUUGCAUUCAGUAUUUCUGUUUGCUCUAAUUUAGAUUAGUGAAGUUAUACAGUGUAAUACACUGUGUGGAUACCAGUGUUUGGGGGGAUACAAGGCUCAGGUAGCUGAGCAUUUGGUCAAAGUUGCAGUUCCUAAUGUCAUGAUUUGGAGAGCCCUUUCUUGAAGCUUACAUGGCAGUAUCUGUGCCUGAAAAAACAUAAAUGUGCUGUAUUUCUUGUUAGCAUUUUGGACCUCAGUACUAGGAAUAGUUUUCCUCAUAUGGACUUAAUUUUAGGUGAAUGUUUUCAGUUGCACAUUUGUACUUGUGUUACACGUUCCCGUUUUCCUUUUGUUUUUUUGGCAAGAGGAUAGAGACACCCUAAAACUGGUUACGACUUCAAUUUUGUCUGCAGAAGAUGCCUCUUGCAUUUAAAGAUGCCCUUUCAUUUUAUCACUGUAUUCUCCUGAGUAUGAUUUACUAGAAGUUGAAAGUAAUUUCAUUGCUAACUGAGUAAGAACAGCAUUUUACUGAUAAUGUUUACUGACAGCUGAUUCCCUAACCUUUAUGCACACAGUCAACACGUACACUGAAGCAGAUCAGCUGUCGAGAUAGAAGAAAAUCCGAUACACAUGACUUUAGUUUUCAACUGAAGAAAAUAGCAUUUGUCACUAUAUUUAAAGCUGCCUGGAGCAGCAGAAAUCCUGAAGUAAAAUAAUUGCUUAGCAGCCCUUUAAAUUGUAGCCUCACAAUAAACCAGAUAUUUCCAUUUUUCUGUAUUGUGGAUUCCAUGAGUUCAGUUCAGAGUGGCAUAUUCCCUCGUAAUUAAUGCUAUGAAUAGUAAUGCUAACACAAGUCUAAUAUACCACAGGGCUGACUAAACAAAGUCAGAAUGCAUUUAAUAAAAAAUGUCCUUAUAUUAUAGUUACUAGACAAAAAUGCUGCAUUUUAAAUCUUUUUUUAAAUGGUUGUUUUGCUGCUUGAUUUAUUUAUUUUUUUUGUUUAAUUCACUCAUUUUUGCAGCAUUUGUCAAGCUAUUUUUUCACAGGAAAACAAAUGUUUUAGUUGCAAGGACAUCUCAUCCUCUCACUGUGAGAGUUGAUAUAGUGUUUUGUGAUUAUAAAGUUUUUUUUUCUGAAACAGGAGUUAGUCUGACAGUAUAUAGCAGUGUGCUCUAGCUGUACACUUCAGUGAGUCUAUGUAGGAUCUGUUUUUUUUUUCUUUUCACCUGCCUUCUUUACUGAAUUAUGCACAUUGCAUGAUGUUUUGGAGAUAUGGCUGGUGUGAUCCCUUGUGUUGUCUUUGCAACUCCUCUGCAAAAAAAAGGAUUUGUUUGUAGGGUGGGGGGAGCUCAACUGUACUAUAACGUGGUUGUCUGUACAAUCUAAGACUGCUAUGCACUAAGCCUUUUGAUGCCUUUUAAAUACCUUGAUGCCUGUAGAUUUAGAAAUUGUAUUAGUAUUUUAAGGUAAUGUUCAGAACUAGAUGAACAUAUUUCCUGUGUACCUGCCUUGUAAAAAUCAAGAUUCAGUACAAGGGUCUUAAUUGUUUUCUUUUUUUUUGCUUGUGUGAUAAUGUAGAUAUUACAAGACUGUUAGUCAUAUUUUGGUGAAAGAAAGCACACAUAACUUCUAUUUGGCUAUGCAAAUUUAAUUUCGCAACAGCACAAUGUGACUGUUGGCACCUUUGUUGGCAUCCUUUCUUAUUAUUGGUGUUUCUGUAACUAGUGUCUCCCAGUGCCCUGUACUCUGUGAUUCUAUAAACUGUAAAUUUAUACCCCAUAGAAAAGCCUUAAUACUUGGAUGUAACAGCCUGUUGUGUAAACCACAGAUGAGUAUCUAGUUGAGGGAAACGUUCAUUGAAGGAGUACAUAUGAGACAUAAUUACAAGAUAUAAGUGGGCUGUAUUUUGAAUUCAUUGAUCACAUUUGUGUAUGUCAAAAAAAAAAAAAAAGCUGGCAACCAUGCACCUUCUGACAAACUGGCAUUGUGUCAACUGAACUGCCAUUUUUUGUUAACCAAAGAAUAAAAAACAAAUUUCUCUUUUUUUUCUUCUGUUGUGAACACAUGCUUUGUAACUCUAUUUUUGAUACGCAAAAUGGAUGUCAUUCCUAACACUUGGAAAUUGUUCAGUGCAUUGACAUUUUGUAAAAAUAUAUAAAAAUGGUGAUACCGGUUAAGACAGUUGUUUAGCAGAUGUUUACAGAGCCUUGUAUUGUAAUUUCAUGUACAUUUUGUAUUUUAAAAAUUUUAUAAGUUUUAUGAUUGCAGUGCUAUUUGCAGAUGUAGUACAAAAGAAAGACUUGACAUCCUAGGCUCUUAAAUUGUAGUGUUCAAAUAAAAUGAAAGUGGAGUAUC